CUUCAGCAGCAGCAGUUUAUAAUUUUUUUCACUAGUAGGAAAUAUUUUAAGUAGUUGCUAAGUAAGUGUUUUAUCAAAUGAAACAUGAUAUUGUGAAAUGGAGUUCUGAUGUGUUAUGAGCAUAUAUGCAAAAAAAUUGCAAGUUCAGGAAUCAAAUCUGUGUGUUCAGUUCAAUCUGCCAAUGCUAACGUUCUGUGUAAACAAUAAGCAACGAUAAUGCAAUGGUGAUAAUAAAUUCUAGAAAUAGCUCUCAUAUCAACAUUUGUUAGCUUGAGCCAUUUUUGAGGUUUAUUAAUCACUUGAAUUUUACUACUUCAACGAUUAAGGAGAGAGUACGAGUAAAAUGAAAAAGCUGUUCAAAAUCAUUACGCAUCAGAGGAGUUUUAAUUCCGAAGAUUUACUGCUUAACUCAAAAGAUCAUCCGGAUCUAAAGUUGGGCGAUAUUGUAGAAAUCUAUCAUCCGGAAGAUGACAACGUUCGUUUACUGCUGCAGGUGACGUGUCUAACCGACGAUGUGAUGAGCCGGGAAACCAUUAGCGUGGAGGCGAACAUUGCCGUAUCCUUCAAUCUAAAGUCAUAUAAAGAUGUUUUCAUGCAAAAGAUGGACCCUUGCGACGUUGCAUUGGAUUCCGUGGAAAUAACAUUCAAGGAUCAGUAUAUGGGUAGAUCAGAGAUGUGGCGACUGAAAACGUAUCUCACAAAUACCUGCGUUUAUCUAAACAAAAAAAUCGAAUACUGCGAAGGUUGUAUUCGAUGUCAGGUUUACGAAAUGUGGUCGCAGGGAGAUCGGGUUGCCUGUGGGGUGAUCACGGAGGACACCAAGGUAGUUUUUAGAAGUAAUACCUCUAUGGUGUACCUGUUCAUUCAGAUGUCGUCCGAAAUGUGGGAUUUCGACAUACAUGGAGAUUUGUAUUUCGAAAAAGCUGUGAAUGGGUUUCUUGCAGAUUUAUACACAAAGUGGAAAAAGUUGGGUAGCAAUCACGAGGUGACUAUUGUGAUGUUCUCGAGAACGUUUUAUGCUGCAAAAUGUCUUGAUGAGUUUCCGCUACAUAUGCGGGAGUGUCUUCAAAUAGAUUACAAAGGUCGAUUCUACGAAGAUUUUUAUCGUGUAGCGAUUCAGAAUGAGCGUUGCGAUGAUUGGAGUUCUACGUUAGUGCAGCUCAGAAGGUUGUUUACUGGAUAUCGUGAUGUUGUGCUUAAGUAUCAUGUACGACCGAAUUUAGAUGUGAAGGUUCCGCAAGCAACGAAUUCCACUGCUGCGCAGGGAAAUUUUCUUGAAGUGCUCAAUAUCUCGCUCAAUGUAUUUGAAAAACACUAUUUGGAUAGAAGUUUUGAUCGUACCGGUCAACUUUCUGUUGUGAUUACUCCUGGCGUGGGUGUUUUCGAAGUAGACCGCGAAUUGACGAAUAUCACAAAACAACGAAUAAUUGAUAAUGGUGUUGGAAGUGACUUAGUUUGCGUCGGUGAACAGCCAUUGCAUGCUGUGCCAUUAUUGAAAUUUCACAACAAAGACUCCCUCACAUCAAUCGAUGAUUACUCGAUGCCGCAUUGGAUCAACCUAAGUUUUUAUUCAACCAAUAAAAAAGUAGCGUACUCCACGUUCAUUCCAAGGAUAAAACCACCACUGAUAGCGUUAGAGACAGCAUCUCAGGAAUCUUCAGAUGCAUUCAGACUAAAACUUCCUAAAAAGGAAAAUAAGAACGAAUACAUCCACAACUGUCUUUUCGAUUAUGAUGCGUUUGACGAUCAAAUAUUUCAAAUGCCUACGGUACAUGGUACUUGUUCGCUGCAACGCGUGGCUCGAACAAAAAAAACUUCAGUUCCUAGUUUGGAUGGAUUCGGAAUGUAUGGUAACAAUCGUGAAUGGGAUAGCAUAUCAUCGCCAUCUGAUUUGCGGAGAAAAAUGUCUGAUCCGGAUAUACAUCACAACAUUAAUAACAUGCUAAAUUUAAGUGUGACUUCUCACAAUAGCUCACUCAGCACAACGGAGCAGACCAACGAGAAGUGUGUCAAUCGUAGCUUCGGAUCAUCGAGUGGACCGGUAGUUCGAACUGGGCGAGCCUUGAUUAACCCUUUCGAUCCAUCGCAUGUUACGAUUAAGUUGACUUCCAAUAGACGGCGAUGGACGCAUAUUUUCCCAAAGGGUCCACAAGGUGUACUGAUCCAGCAGCACCACUAUCAAGCCGUCCCUACUACCAUCAAGGCUGUGAACUAUGCUGCCUUCGAUUUAGACACAAGCAGCGAGUAUGCACAUACAUCAACUUGUACCUGGGGUCGGCAUGGCCGGCAAAGUAGUAUCACUUCGUCGGACAGUCGACUGAAUGAUGAGGAUUUAAAGUGGAUUAUCGAAAAUAAAGGCAAUCGUAAAAAAUCCGGAGUUCUGCACUCGGCUGCUGGACCUACCGUAACAGUUACACCGUCAAAAAGUCUCACACUGUUGUGGGGCGUCACUGGCGAACAGGAGUGGACUCCCUCGCUUACCACAGGCGUCGACUGGAAAUCGCUAACCAUACCGGCAUGCCUGCCAAUAACAACGGAUUACUUUCCGGAUAAACGCUCGCUGCACAACGACUAUGUCGUGUCGGACUACACGCUAUUGCCGGACGAUGUGAACGCUGACUUUGCACAGAAUCGAGCAAUUUACAAGAAACCCCUCUCGACGGAUGAAGUGUUCAAAGAACUUGUUUCACAACGAUUAGCACAGGGCUUCCAGUUGAUUGUGCUACCGGACACGCCAUCGCCAAAUCCACAAAAGGCCCCUUGUUGCGGAGGUCAGUUGCAAAGCUCCUACCAGUCUAGUUCCGUUCUCAGGAUACGUGCUCCGCAGGAACAAUCGCAAGAGUAUUUGUUGUCGAUUGGAAGAAUUUUUCAUAAGAUUUCCCUGAGCGGAUCAACUAUUACUGUUACUAGAUAUCGACCAAGGCACCCGUACCCACCGAUUAACGUUGGAUACCCCUAUCGGUUCCAUGCUCCUCAGCACGACACGUACGAAGUGUCUGGUGUCAAAUUCACCACAGAGAAGUUAGAGAACUUCAACUGGAACUAUAUGGAUCAGUAUAUUUGCACUCGUGGAGAUACAGACUUUCAAUUACUCGAGAACAUGAAAUAUUGGCGCUAUCGAAUGUAUCUGUUACCACGAGAGGACCCAGCUAUGAAGAAAAUCUUGGAUGGAACUGUGAAACGUUGUGACAUUUACACUGAAGAUAAACCAAUCCAAUCCGAAAAGCAUGUCUGCAAUGAGUUCAUUCGGUUUGUGGAGUCUCAUCUGAACAAAAUAAAAAAAGCUUCGGCCAAGAAGCCAAGGGGGAUGCAGUCCCAUCUGACCCGAAGACGACACAGCACCAGUAUACUGUCCCGGCCACCGACGAACCAGGUAUCCCAAACGCAGCCUUAUCGGGAACGAGUCGGAAGCAAUCGACUGCCGGAGAAACCUCGACUAAGCAUACUUACCCGAUCGAGUUCUAAAGUACUAGAUAAAGCAAACAUUCAGGGGGCUGGAACGAAUCAAAUCAGCUCCGUAGGAGGUAAAACCACAGUCGAUGGAAUUCCUCUAUCGACCCUCAACUCCGCUACGGAACAAGGUCUGCCUGAGGAUAGUGAUGACUUCUGUACGGAGAGUAGUAAAUUGAAGCAAACAGCUACGCUACAGGAAAUAUUCGAGGCCUUUAAGAACCCCGACCACGGGGUUGGUUUCCUCGGGCCGGCGCAGAGUUUGCCGUCCUGUACAUUUGUUGCUUACGAUGCUAUAACGUGGUUACAAAACCGAAUCGAUGGCCCAUGCAAUCCACUGGAUAUUCUGGAGGAUAUGAGGAGGGCUCGUAUGAUUUGUCAUGCUUCAGGAGAUUCCGAAAAACCCGUUAUCCCGGGAUUCUGCCUGUACUACAUCAUGAUGCAGGAUAAAGAAUCGCGAGACUACACUCCGCCACUUGGUGACUUGGAAGCAUUCGAGAACGAAUGGAUGGAAGUGGAGCUGCAGCAUCCCGAUCUGCAGAAACCAAUUGACCCUAGCGAUGUCGAUGUGCCACCAUUUUUGCGUGAAACAGUCGAUUUGAAUGAAGAAUUCAUCGAUGUUCCCCUGUACAGGCAGACUCAUCUGGAUAUUGACGUCAACAACAAAUCCGAUCGCACUGAAUGGGGCCAUGCUCGGUACCAUCGGAAAAUGAUUCCGGGUCAUGCAUACGAAGUUGUUGUGCAAUGGAUAACAGCUUCGGGACCCAUUGUAUGUGAUUUGAUUAGCGGAUGGUCCAGGCGAGCUCAGGGUUGUGGCUUCCAACUUGUCUCAAUUCCAGCGGAUCCUUUGGCGGAACCUGUAACGGAAAAAAGUGAUCCUUUGCGGGGUCCUAUUUUUGUUCCCCUGGAUAUUGAAUGUUUGAAGCAACAUCGAAGUUUCCUGUUUGAGGAAUUUAAGAAAGAGACCUGGCCAAAACGGUUCAUUUUAUUUCAGGAAGCAAUUGUUGCUAGGUUUGGAUUCAUGCGAUGUGCCGUUGAAACAAAAAUUGGUUCAAAUCAAGCCUCACUAGUCCAUCAAUACGUACAUUGUACGGGAAAUAUGUUUAUUUUGGUUACGAAUUCUAACCACGGGAAGAAAUCCCGACAGAGACUUACCUCCGGUGGAAGCACUAUGACAAAUUUCAUCAAUCGUUAUUCGGCAUCCUACGAAUCUCAGAUGCAGAAUAAUACUUCCUCUGCUGCACACGAAUCUUACAUCACACGCCACGUGACCGGUAGUAAGAAUAAGGAUGACUGUGAGAUUAUUCGACGGACGGGAUUUCUCUGGUCAUGGAAUCACAUGAUUCCAAACAAAAAGUGGAAAUCGCUGGCGAUCGCCCAAUCGGAGGAGCUGCUUCAGUUGAGGAUGUUGAGAGAUUUUAAGGAUUUCUGUUCCAACAAGGAAGAACGACUGGUGAACUUCUGGGAAGAAUGCUGGGAAGCGAAAGUAAAAUCGUCAAUGGCGCGAACAUAAAGAAAAUUACCUCUAGUCGGUGAUAUAAUGUAAGUAAAUAAAGACAUUUCAGUUGUUUUGUUCUGUCGAAUUUUAUUCUUCCUGUAACGAGGACGUUUUCGUUUGUACAAUUCGUUGUUAGAAAAGUGCCGUUUCACAGAUUAGUUCCGUUUUAUUAACAACUUUUUAUCUAUUUUUAUACGAAAAUAUAUAAAGCUCUUUG